AUGACAGUCGCUGCGUUCUCGGCACACACCCACACACUUCCUUGUCUCUCUGUGGGGGUGAGUGCGGCAGCAGCGUGGUCUACGGCAGCGGCAGCUGGAGCCUUGGAGAGGGACGAGGCGCGGAACGAGCAGAAGAGGCCGCACCCGCCGGACGCGAUUAAGAUGGCGGAUGAAAGCUGUUUCGUUGCCUUUGCUUCGUACAUUGCUAAUAGUACGCCGUGUCGCCGCCUGACGGGAUGCGUGCACUCGGCACCCUUCGAGGCAUUGUGUUGUUUCAUUCAGUGUGAUGUCACAAUCAUCAUAGUUGUACCUUCCCUCAACGGCUCUUAG